CGUUGUAAAUACUAAGAUGGCGGCGUGAAACUAAAGACUGUCGGCGAUUUUACCACUUUUCACCGUAAAUUCACCUGCUGAAAUAUCAUUUUGAUACUGUUGCGACCUUUAUAGAAAGGGGAAAGACUACCAAAGAUGCCGGAGGGUUCUAUCAGGUCGCUGUUGUCGGAUAUCGGCUGGGACGAGGGCUUCAGUAUGCCCGUCGCCAACGCCGAAAACAAACGGCUGGAAGAGGAGAUUACGAGAAAGCAGCGUGAACUGGUCCGCUUCCAGCAGGAGUCAGAACAACAUGAGGACCGUAUCCACGCCAUGAGGGCGCACUUCAAGAACGUGCAGCAAGAGCUGUCCCACACACAGGGUCUCUGUCGUGCCCGAGACAAUGAGAUAGAAACGGAGGAUCACAUGAAGCAGAUCGCGGAGAGGGAGGAGGGGCGUCUGGGACAGGAGAUCACACGGCUCGAUAACGAGAGAACCGAACUCUUGGAGAAGAAAAAUGUCUUUGAGAACACGAUAUUCAGACAGACCCAGCGUCUGGAGGAGCUGAAGGCCCAGAUGAACUGGAACCAGCAGGCUCUGGAGGCGUGGCUGGAGGAGUCGGCACGGAAAGACGAGGACGCCAUGACGCUCGCCAAGUACACGCGCCAGGACGACGCCAAGGGGAAGGAGCUCUCCCUCCGCAUGGAGCGCAUGACGGAGGAAAUGAUCCGCAAAAGGAGGAUGUUGGACCACGAGACAACAGAGACACUCACUGCACAGAUUGAGCUGGACAAAACGGCAGAAGAGUUUCGGAAGGCUCACGAGACUCGCCAGGACUUGAUCCACCAAUGGGAGCAGACCAUAGAACAGAUGCAGAAGCGUGAUCGGGAAAUGGAUGCUAACGCUGCCGAGCUGGCCCGGGUCAAAGCCGAGGUGCGCGGUGCAGAAGACACCAUCAAGGAAAAGCAGAGUUUUCUGGAAAAUGAGACCGAGAACAACAAGGAGAUGGAGAAGAAGAUCGGUGCCUCGGAGCGUCUGGCUGCAAAACUGCGUCUGGAGUACCAGGAUCUGGAGACACAGCGUAUUCAGUUUCAGGAUGAGUUGGAGACCCUGAAGUACACUGUUGAGAGGACAGCGUCGGAUCUAGACAGCAUGCGGACACAGGUCACCAACCUGCGAAAGGACGUGGAGGAUAAAAACGACAAGUUGAGGGCUGCUCAAGAACUCCGUGAACAGCUGACAGAGAAGCUGAAGAUUACUACAGAGUCCGAGCUGAGCGCAGAGGAGCGCGCCCUGCGCAUGGACGAGCUUCUGGCGGAGGAGGAACACCAGAUCAAGGACAUCGAGACAGACCUGGGCAGGCUGAGGGAAGUGCAGUUCAAACGGACACAGGAGCUUCACAACGCCAGGCAACAGGAACGGCACACACACGCUGAGAUUACGGGUGCCAGAGCGGCAAGUCGGAACCUCACCAGCCGUUUGAACAAGCUAGACCAUGAUUCCUUGCAGCAGCAGGAAAUCAUCUACAACCAGGAUUUCCAGAUUCAGCAGUUGGAACGUCGUAUCAACCGUAUGAUGGGAGAGAGUAGCCACGAUGAGAAGAUACAGCUGGAGGCCAAGAUCAAAGAACUCCUGGAAGUCCUGGACAACAGGAACACCACCCACACACUGCUGACCACCCAGCUGAAACGACUACAGGACGAUAUCCGUCGACAGAAGCGUGAUCUGGAGAUCCGUGGAUCGGAAUGUGCAGAUCUCACCUCCAAGAUCGAGGAGCUGGAGCUGUACAACAACAGCUCUCAGAGAGUGCUGCGCAACCUGAACAAAGAGAAACAGGAUCUGAUGGUGGAAGAGAAUAUUCUGAAGCUGGAAAUCAAGCGGCUGAGAGACAUGCUUCACAGCAAGGCUGACACUGUCUUCUCAUUGGAGAAGAGGAGACUGCAGCUAGAAACGGCAAUGAAGGAGCGUAGGGAGGAAAUCAACGUGCACAGGGACAUGUUGGCGGCUCAGCAAAAGGCCGCAGAGGAGGAGCGACAGACGAUCAGCGCAGAGCUACAUGACCGGAUCUCCAAGAUCGACAAGCUGCGGAAGCGCUACGAGAUCCUGAUGGUCGCAAUGGCUCCUCCCGAGGGAGAGGAGGAGAGGUCACAGGCAUACUAUGUCAUCAAGGCAGCACAAGAGAAGGAGGAGCUGCAGAGGGAGGGGGAUGAGUUGGACGCCAAAAUCCGCAAGGCGGAGAAAGAGAUCCGUGCCUUGGAGAACACGCUGAAACUCAUGAACAACCGCAACCAGACGUACCGCAAGUCCUUCCAGAAGGUCACUGAGACAAGUGAAGAAUACGAAGAGAAACAGCAGCUUGACGAGCAACUCCGCGCCGUCAUGGACAAGUACAAGUACAAGCGGCGGCAGAUUCGUGAGCUGAACGAGGACGUCCAGACCAUGUCCAGCACGCUGGAAAACUUGCAGCGCGACGAGGCGGCGUACGGGAACCUCGCUGACGAGAAACAGAGUAAAGUCCUGCAGCUGAAGCGCGAACUCGACGAACAGAGGACCAAGAUUGAACGGGUUGAAAAACAGUGUGCAAGGUAUGCCAGGGAAAUCCGUUCAGCAAAGAAGACCAAAGGACAAACACAUGAGGAGCGUGACAUGGACCUGCGUGAGCUGCGGGACUUUAACCAGGGCGUGAUGCGGCAGAUGGCGACAGUCGGCUCUGCCUACCAAGACCUGUCCUCCAUCAUUAACCUCUACUUCCAGCAGGCUGGUUUAUCCCCUCCCCCGUCGGGUCCCAGCAGCCGAGCUAGUUCACGCCCGACUUCUUCCCGCAGCUCACAGCUCUCCGCAAGGACAACGUCCUCCGUGCGGUCUGGACCUACGAGCCGUGCAAGCGUUACGUCGCCGAAACAGGUGUACCUGGGGAUGGGUCUUUCCGUGACUGGAGGCGCAAGAUCUCCGCACAGCUCCCGACCAGCAAGUGCCGGAAGCAGCGCCAGUAGCCGCGGUAGCGCCAGGAGGUAGACGUACACAGAAAACCUUCGUCAUCAAAAUUGUCAAAAAAACUUUCACAUUUAGAGGUGUUCCUUGCCACACCACUUCACUCUGUGCACUAAAAUUAUCUAUUUCUGUGUGUAAAAAUCUUCACACAAAAAACUUCUCUGAAAAAAUGGCAAGACCUACAGAAUGAAGGGCUUUAAUUACCUUUGUUAUUAAAAAAAUAUAUGCCUUAUGUGUAUAGGACUGUUUAAAGUAAGUGCUUAUUUCACAUUUAUAAAAUCUGUUCUCAGAAUGUCGGAUGAAUUGUUGUUUCAAUUUAGCUCACAUCAGGCCAUUUCAAGAUGUGACCUUGUAUGUAUCAGAAAUAUCAGGUACCGCGGCCUUACACAAACUGUAUCUGUCUUUGUAUCUUAUCUUUAGAAGGGAAAUUAUGAGUAGAACUCAUUUCAGCUUUUGAUGUUUCUCUCAAUGACAUACUUUACUGAUAUUGUAGAUUUUCUUGUCGUAUAUAUACCAUGUACAUGUAUGUACUUUUGUUUGCAACCCACGAUGUUGAUAUCACACUUUUUGCACAAAGUUAUUUUCUAAUCCACAAUGGUGAUAUUCCUUGAAUAAAAAGAGUGUUGAUAGA